GACAGCACAUCCGGAACGUUGACUCCUGGAGACAGUAAAUGAAGAGAAGGAAAAAAAAAAAAAAAAAAAGGCAGCAGAAGGCUAUGUAGGAGGAGUGCGUCCGAUGUGGUUUAUCAGUGGUAAUAGGGGGAGUACUGGCCCUUUAAAUAGUGCGGUGACAGCGUUACUUUUAAAGGGCCCCAGCUGGCGGCUCCUUCGUUGUCACGUUCCUGUUUAUUUUGUGUUGUUUAUUUUUUUUUUGUUAUUUGUUUUAAAACUCUAGUACGACUGCAGCUGAUUCCUUCGUUAUUGUCCGCCACUCGACAGUUUCCCGAAGGGGUUUAGUAACAUCGUAUCAUUCUAAGUUUCCCUUUCUAGCUUUCUUUCCUUGGAUUUCUGCCUUUGUACGUCUCUUGAUAUGUAUUUAUUUUUCGCUGCCGCCAGGCUAGGAAAUACGGAUCCGUUACCUGGAGACUCCAUUUUUAUUGCUGUGGAACUAGGACUUUUAAUUCUGUAUACCAAACGCACAGUCUUUUUUUGUGUAAACUUGCUCCAUUUUUAAGUCAGAGUUGGACCUGCCUUUGCACAUUUUUUAAAAUACUGUAAAGUGAUCCAAACACGGGCGUAUGUCCCGCAUUUUAUUGUAACGGGCAAUGUAUUGUUACUGUUUACUUACAAACAUCGUUUUUGCUUGUGCACCCAUCGCGUAUUGGAGAUGGAGCCACACCAUUCCUUAAAAUAUUAAAACAUUUCUUACUCAUUUCCUAUCAUCCUAGAUAUUUAAACCAAAGUCCAUCAAGUAACUGUUGGCUGCACAGUUUUACAGCACCCUACGUUUUUAUAGCUUCCUGCUUUAAGUGCUUGGUUAAAAACUAAAAGUUAUAUAAUUUCUCAAUUUACAUAGCUUGUGUAAUUUUAGACAGCUGAUUGUAUACCUACAUGCAUUCAUCUGUCUGCACAUGCCCCUUCAACUCCAUGCUGAUUGUACCAAGUGCAACUGUGUGCUUCCUGGCAGCUUCUGCAUUCCUUAGAUCCCAACUGUGUUUGGACUUGUAAAGCUGUUAUUAAACUAUGAUUAAACAGAAAGGACCAGAACAAGAAAAAAUGUUGCUGAGUUGAGGCAAGUAGUUUUAGUACCUUUAUGUUCCCUUUCCUCAACUGUUGAGGAAAAAUCUGUUUGCAAGUUAUUGUCCUUUAAGCUGUUGGACCUAGUGUACCAAAACUGGAUUUUUGUUUGAAAUGACACCCAUGUUAAAAGUAGGAGAUUCAGUUUGGUGAUUUCUUACAGAAACUCUUGGAUGUUUUUUGUGGAGCAGGAAUAAUAACAUUUUAAAUAUCAUUUUAGUAAACUCUGGAGCAAAACAAACUGAACCAUGAAUGGCUUGUCUGUCAGUGAGCUUUGUUGCUUGUUUUGUUGCCCUCCCUGUCCAAGUCGUAUUGCUGCAAAAUUAGCUUUUCUUCCCCCAGAGCCAACAUAUGCUAUUAUUCCUGAACCAGAGACCGGCAGUGUGAGUACCAUUACUGGAUCGAUGAGGGGAGGGGGGAGUUCCAGUGGCAGGUGGAAGCUCCACUUGACAGACCGGGCUGAAUUUCAUUAUAACCAGCGAGAACUGGACACCAUCGAAGUGCUGAUGACACGGACCAGUCGAGGCAACCGGAUUGCAUGUAUGCAUAUCAAGUGUGCACCAGGUGCCAGAUUUACUCUCCUGUUUUCUCAUGGUAAUGCUGUUGAUCUCGGUCAGAUGAGUAGUUUCUACAUUGGACUAGGCACACGGAUUAACUGCAACAUCUUUGCUUAUGAUUAUUCUGGCUAUGGUGUCAGUACAGGAAAACCGUCUGAGAAGAAUCUUUAUGCAGAUAUUGAUGCAGCUUGGCAAGCAUUGAGGACAAGGUAUGGCAUCAGCCCUGAGAACAUCAUCUUGUAUGGACAGAGCAUUGGUACUGUCCCCACAGUUGAUUUAGCGUCACGAUAUGAAUGUGCUGCUGUUGUUCUUCAUUCCCCGUUGACUUCAGGCAUGCGAGUUGCUUUUCCAGAUACUAAGAAAACGUACUGCUUUGAUGCCUUUCCUAACAUUGAAAAGGUGUCAAAAAUCACUUCUCCAUGCCUGAUCAUUCAUGGUACAGAGGAUGAGGUGAUCGACUUUUCACAUGGUGUGGCACUGUAUGAGCGUUGUCCAAAGGCAGUAGAGCCCCUCUGGGUAGAGGGGGCAGGACAUAAUGACAUAGAACUUUACAGUCAGUACCUGGAACGCUUGCGCAAGUUCAUCUCCCAAGAUCUGUCUGUGCAACGGAACUAAGAAAGGGUGAUUAAACAUUUUACCUGGAGGAUGGAAGCUGAAACUGGAUGAAAGCAGCAAAAUUGCCAGAGGCACUUAAUCUUCUGUGCCAGAAAAUCCUUAGAUGGGCAAGCUAGGAGGCUGGAAACAAUGUGGCUUUAUAUUUUACCAAUUAAAAAAAAUCAAGAAAGAGGGACAGAAAAGUAGAAUGUAUAUUUUUGGUCUCUGGUAACCUUUUUUUUUUCAAAACAGAAGCUUGUUUUUGUAGGCAUUUUGAACCAUUCAAGUUAAACUGUAGGAAAGAUGCAAAAGGAAAUUGACAGCAGCUUGUUAUGGACUGUUGCAUACGCCAGCUAAUAUCCCGCCCCUUGCCUUCUUUUUUCUCCCCAAGGUACUAAUUUAGAAGUCUAGAGCAAAAGAAAAUCUAUUCAGGUUUUGUAUUAAAAUAUAACAGUCUGUUUGCUGGUCUCACAGUAUCUACACAUUUUUUUUUUGGCAUGUUGCUUUGACAGUGGGCUGAGCUCUCUAGUUUGGUGGCAUCAGUUUGACCUUAUGGCCAUAGGCAGUCCAUGUGAGUUUAAGCUGCAACUGUCUUCUAACUUUUAUUGCUGUAUAUAACUUUUGAUACUGUUUAGAGUCCUUUACUCAAGGUAUGUUGCAUUCUAGUAUAUAUAUUUUAUGCUACAUAGCAAAGUUAAAGGAGAUGCAGAAAGCCUUGUGACCCUUUAGGAUAUUUUUGAGCUGCAUCUUUGUCUAUCUCAGGUUGCCUGGUACUGCUGUUGGUGUAGUGGGUACAGGUAAUUUUCUGUACGCUAGCAAACACCAAAGGAGAAGGGACCAUUAAUGUUUGGACAUAAAUAUCCAUGUGGGCUUAUGUUUGUUGUUGUUAUGCACAUGGGCAAGUUCCACUAUUACUUCAUAAGCAUUAGUAAAAAGACAGUUGUUAACCCUACCUGUAAA